AUGAAGUCCGCCAUAUCGUUGGCGAAGCCGAUAGGGUUGAUUGCGGUCAGCUUUGGUAUAACCAUUUCUUUCGUCCUACUCUCUCAACCAAACCUAUCUCCAAAGCCCGAUCUCAUGGCCCGAAGCUUCGUGUUGUGGCUCCAUGGGCUCGGUGAUUCAGGCCCUGCCAACGAACCCAUUAAGACUCUCUUCACCUCCCCGGAAUUCAACGACACCAAAUGGUCAUUCCCUUCUGCCCCUUCUAACCCAGUCACCUGUAAUUAUGGUGCUAUCAUGCCUUCGUGGUUUGACAUUCAUGAGAUACCUGUGACAGCUGAUUCUCCAAAAGAUGAAGGUGGUGUGCUCAAAGCUGUUCAAAAUGUUCACGCAAUGAUAGACAGAGAGAUAUCUGCUGGCACCAAUCCUAAAAAUGUCUUCGUGUGUGGAUUUAGUCAAGGAGGUGCCUUGACAUUAGCAAGUGUUCUGCUGUAUCCGAAAACUCUGGGUGGCGGUGCAGUGUUUAGUGGAUGGGUUCCAUUUAAUUCUUCCAUUCUAGAGAGAGUGACACCGGAUGCAAAAAAGACACCUAUAUUUUGGUCUCACGGAAUGGCUGACAGCACUGUGCUUUUUGAAGCUGGACAAGUAGGUCCACCCUUCCUAGAAAAAGCUGGUCUGAGCUGUGAAUUUAAGGCUUACCCGGGUCUUGGUCAUUCAAUAAGUAAUGAAGAGCUUCGUUCUUUAGAAUCAUGGAUCAAAUCCCGUCUUCAGAGUUCAUCCUAA